CGCUCGCUCCCGGAAGUGCCUGGUCGCGGCGGGGCGCUCGGCGGCCGGGUCUCCCGCGCGGGAUGUGGCCCGCGGGCGCGGAGAGUCUGAUCCUGCAGGCCAGGGGGAUCCAAGACGAGGAGCUGCAGCGGUUCUGCUUCCGGGUCAGCAAGCUGCUGCAGGAGGACCCGGGUCCAGCAGCUGUGGAUGCCCUGCAGAGGCUCUUCCUGAUUGUCUCAGCCACCAAGUACCCCCGCAGGCUGGAGAAGACAUGUGUGGACCUGCUGCAAACCACCCUCUGCUUGCCCAUGUGCCCCGAGCAGCUCCAGGUCCUCUGCGCUGCCAUUCUGAGAGAGAUGUCACCCUUAGACAGCCUGGCCCUGUCCUGUGAUCGUGCUCAGAACACCCAGCAGCUCAGCCUCGUGGCAUCUGUGCUCCUGGCCCAGGGUGACAGAAGAGAAGAGGUCAGAAGCGUGGGCCAGCAUAUCUUCACGGUGCUUGAGAGCCGGCCACCUGAGGGGUCUAGUCUCAGGCACCUCCUCCCUGUCCUGUCCAAGGUCCUGAGCCUUGCCCCGGGCGCUCUCCAGGAAGACCAGACCAACCUGCUCAGCAAGAGGCUGGUGGACUGGCUACGCUACGCCAGUGUCCAGCAGGGGCUCCCACACUCGGGGGGUUUCUUCUCCACACCGAGGACCCGGCAGCCUGGCCCCAUCACAGAGGUGGACGGAGCAGUGGCUUCAGACUUCUUCACAGUGCUCUGCACGUGCCAGCACUUCACAGAGGACCAGUGGUUGAACGUGCACGCCUUCUCCAUGCUGCGGGCAUGGCUGUCACACAGUGGCCCUGAACACCCAAGCAGCCCAGAGGCCGAUGACAAGUCAGAGCUGGAGGGCUCUACCCUGUCCGUGCUCUCCGCGGCCUCCAUGGCCAGCCACCUGCUGCCCCCUCGGGAGCGGCUCCGGGAGGUGGCCUUCGAAUACUGUCAGCGCCUCAUUGAGCAGAGCAACCGGCGAGCCCUGAGGAAGGGGGAUUCCGACCUGCAGAAAGCUUGCCUGGUGGAAGCCGUGCUCCUGCUGGACGUGCUGUGCCUGCAGGACCCCUCCCUCCUGUACCGCACACUUUCCUGCCUGAAGGCCGUGCUGGCGCGUCUGGGUGCUGACCCAGGCAGUGUGCGUGUGCUGGUGCCCCUUGCCCAGUUCUUCCUGAACCAUGGAGAGGCGGCCGCUGUGGACUCAGACACUGUCUACCAGCACCUGUUGACCAGGCUCCCCUCCGAGCACUUCCACAGCCCUGUGCUGGCCGUCGAGGUCCUCCGCUUCUGCACGAGCAACCUGGCCCUGUUCGACUCCCACUUCCUCCGCCUUCUCAAGUCAUGCUUCCCUAACCUCUUCAAGUUUCUGGCCUGGAACAGCCCUCCCCUUACUGCCGAGUUUGUGACGCUUCUCCCAGCUCUGCUGGAUGUGGGCACCGCUGUGGAGAUGCUGCACACGCUGCUGGACCUGCCCUGCCUGACCGCCACCCUGGACCUGCAGCUCAGGUCUUCACAGACCCCAUCUGAACGGCCGCUCUGGGACGUCUCCCUCAGGAUCCCCAGCUGCCUGGAGGCCUUCCGUGACCCCCACUUCCAGGACCUCUUCCAGUACCUGCUGCGCACCAAGGCCCGAGGCUCCGCCGAGAGGCUGACAUCUCUCCACCAGCUGCUGCAGCCCAUGGCCAGCUGCGCCCGUGUGGCCCAGUGCGCUGAGGCAGUGCCCACCCUGCUCCACGCGUUCUUCUCGGCUGUGACUCAGUUUGCUGACGGGGCUCUGAUCAAUCAGUUGGCGCUGCUGUUCCUGGAAAGAAGUGACUCCCUCUUCCAGGUCCCUCAGUAUGAGGCCCGUGUGCACAGGGUGCUGAGCGCCCAGUUCCUGGCCCUGUGUAAGCAGAAGCCCUCGCUGGUGGUGGAGCUGUCCCGGGAGCUGCUGGAGUUCAUGGGCAGUGUGAGUGGCGUCCACAGCGGAGCAAGCAUGUUCACCUGUGUGGUAUGGGCCAUCGGCGAGUACCUGUCGGUGACCUGCGACCGGAGGUGCACCGUGGAGCAGAUCAACAAGUUCUUCGAAGCACUGGAGGCUCUGCUCUUCGAAGUCACCCAGUCCCGCCCCUCAGCCAACCUGCCCAGGUGUCCCCCGCAGCUCGUCACUGCCCUCAUGACCACACUGACCAAGCUUGCCUCUCGGAGCCAAGACCUGAUCCCCAGGGUCUCCCUCUUCCUGUCAAAGCUGAGGACCCUGGGCCAGAGUCCAGCCGCCAGCCCUGUGUACAGUGAGGAGGAUGCAGGAGCCAUCCGCUCCCGGGCCACAGAGCUGCUGACCCUGCUAAGGAUGCCCAGUGUGGCCCAGUUUGUGUUCACAUCCAGUGCCGACAUGUGCCAGCCUCGCUAUCACCGUGACACCAACACAGCCCUGCCCCUGGCCCUGCGCAUGGUCAGCCAGCUGGUGGAGAAGGAGGACGGUGUUCUGCCCAGCUAAAGGGACAGUGACCACAUGGACACUGGUUGGGGAUUAAGAGCUCAGGUGUCAGCUCAGCAUUAUGGCUGAGCACAGGCUUAGGUGAUGAGAGACAAGUGGGAGGAGAGGCCAGGUGGAGGGUGCGCGUGGCCCUGAGGUUGUGGUCACCCAGCCUUUUGGAAUUUUGUCUCCUCUUGUCCCAGUGGCCGGCAGUCUUCAACCUGGAACAGCUGCUACGUGGCCACAAGCGUCGUCCUGGGAUGGACAGAAGCCGCUUGCUCUGUUUCCAUUCGUCCUUGUUUCUGACAGCUUGGUGGCAGGGGGACACACAGUAACGACCCUUUAAAUGGUGUGCGCUCCGCACGGGCCUCCUGCGCCCUCCCAGGCUCCCUUCCUCCCCUGUCAUCUGCAUAGGGCAGCAGCAGCUAAUGCAGCCUGUCCCCAGCUCACAGCUGCAGAUGGUCACUGCUCUGGUGGUAGCAUCUUGAGGUUGUGGGGAGGCCAGGCGCAGAGCCACCCCUAGGAGUGCUUGGUGUGUGCACUCCCUGCCCUGGGGCUAAGCUGAGUGAGCUCAGAGACCCUUAGAGGCCGCAGGCUGCCUGGAGCUGGAAGUUGAUGGCCAGCAGAUAGCGCUGCCAGCCUUAAGUCUGAUGCCCAGCUCUGUUCCUGGAGUUCCGUGGCCUCCGCUGCAUCCUUGACAUCCACCAGGCUCUGUAACCUCCUCAGGAAAGGCUGAGUUAAGGCUGUAGAUAGGGUUCAUGGGGUUUGGGAUGGUCCUUCCCCACUUCCUAUCCAGGCCUCAAGGAUUUCACGGCCCUCAGACCCACCUGCCCAGCCCGGUCUACAUGGUCCUUACACGUGUCAGGGUUUGAGCUCUGGGACGUGCGCUUGUUUGUCCCCACCUGGCCUGCUGACCCCAAGCUGGGACUGGAAAGGUGCAUU